AUGAAGGUCUCUGUGGCUUUAGAGUUCUUGUUUCUCCUUGCUGCUUUGGUUUGGCCUUGUGCUGAGACCAUUUAUGAAAGAACAGAACUGGAGCUUCGGAAGGUUGUUUCAGAGGCUACUCUCCUUUUUCAAACUGAGUUGUACUAUAACCCAAGGAAUAUACAUCGUGUUUGUCAUAGCAGCUAUUUGGAGUGUUGUACCUCUAGGAAAUCAGGAUGGCUAACACCAGUGUCUAUAGACAAUGAAAUAAAAUUGGACUCCAGUUCCUUUAUUGCUGGCUUUGAGACAAUGCCAGAAGAGUCAGGAUUGUUAAGUUCUAAUUAA